UUCUCAUUCACAGCCUGAUAUCCGCCGUGGGAUUCGGCGCGCUUUUCCUCUUCGCUCGCGGUCCUGCCGGGUUUCUGUGAGCGAUGCGGGCUCGAUCGGCGCGAAGGAGCGGCUGACUGCUGGCUUUGAUCGGGGAGACUUUCUUUUCCUCCGGAAAUUUACAUAGCUGCUUAAUUCUGCUACACAAUGUUCUCAGAGCAGGGUAUCCAGUCUGCACAGGGCCUCUUGACAUCCCCAUCUGCAGUUGCUUCCACCUUUGCCCGUGUGCCCAUCUCAACAUAUACCAACUGCUCCCAGAAUUUCAGGCUUGGGGAGCGAACUUUCAGUCGGCAAUAUGCUCAUAUCUAUGCUACACGCCUUAUCCAGAUGAGACCAUUAUUGGUGGACAGAGCCCGGCGUAAAUGGGGGAGCAACAUUACAGUGAAAAAGCUAUGCGACUUGCAGGUCUCAGAGAAGUGUUGUGUGGUGGGAACACUCUUCAAGUGUAUGCAGCUUCAGCCUUCCAUCUUACGGGAAAUCAGUGAAGAGCACAACCUGCCUCCCCAUCCUCCCCGCCUCAAAUACAUUCAUGAGUCAGAUGAACUGAUCCUGGAGGAUGAGCUGCAGCGGAUCAAACUUGAGGGAGAGAUACCGAUUGACAAGCUGGUGACAGGGACCAUCCUUGCUGUCUAUGGUUCAGAGAAGGACGAUGGCAGAUUCCUUGUGGAAGAUCACUGCUUUGCAGAUAUGCCAACCCAGCUGCCUAUGAUGGGGCCCAGCACAGACAAGUUUGUCUUGCUGGUGUCAGGCCUGGGCCUUGGUGGCAAGAGUGGAGACAGUCUCCUGGGCAUGCAGCUUCUGGUGGACAUGGUGACAGGACAGCUGGGCGCAGAGGGGGAGCAAUCCAGCGCGGCCCUAAUUUCUCGGGUCAUUCUGGCAGGCAACUUGCUUAGCCAGAAUACCCAGAGCAGAGACAGCAUGAACAAGGCAAAAUACCUCACCAAGAAGACUCAAGCAGCCAGUGUGGAAGCUGUAAAAAUGCUGGAUGAAAUUCUGCUGCAGCUCUGUAUGUCCAUCCCUGUUGAUGUGAUGCCAGGCGAGUUUGAUCCAACCAACUACACGUUGCCUCAGCAGCCCCUGCAUCGCUGCAUGUUUCCUCUCUCAAAUGCGUACACCACCCUGCAGCUAGUCACCAACCCAUACCAGGCAAACAUUGAUGGAGUCAGAUUUCUGGGAACUUCAGGCCAAAAUGUAAGUGAUAUUUUCAAGUACAGCAGCAUGUCUGAUUAUCUGGAAAUUCUGGAAUGGACCUUAAGGAUUGGGCAUCUCAGCCCCACAGCUCCAGACACUCUGGGCUGCUAUCCAUUUUACAAGACAGACCCCUUCAUCUUCAGUGAUUGCCCUCAUAUCUAUUUCUGUGGCAAUGCGCCCUCCUUCAAAUCCAAGGAAAUCAAAGGGGAAGAUGGCCAGAAAGUCUUGCUGGUGACACUACCUGAUUUCAGCUCAACACAGACCGCUUGCUUGAUCAAUUUGUGCGAUCUUGCUUGUCAGCCGAUUACUUUCUCAGCCUUUGGUGAUGAUGAAGAAGAAGAGAUAGUGAUGGAGACUAGUAACUAAGAGAUAUGGGCUUAGUUCUCCUUCUUUCUGGAACUUGGGAGUCAUCCUUGUUCCUGCUUUUUACUGUAGAGUUUGACCUUUGAUUCAGAUAGAUAGGAAUACAAUAAAAUAUUCCGGUUCCUUCA